AUACCCCAGUUGGCGAAUUCACAAAAAAAGACCAGGCUUAUUGGUCUAACAGAGACUGGAGGAUCCCUGAGACCAUGGCCCCCGGAUACCUUGCUAAUCCAGAACUGAAGCCACUUCUGAAGCCCACCUUGCAGCCAAAGAUUAGACAGGCCUAUAAAACAAACAAUAACACAUGCGAGGAACAUGCUUCUUAGUUCAAUCAAGUAUAGGAGAUCAAAUGGGCAACACCUGCCCAAAAGCAAAGACAAAGGAAAACCGGGCAAGUGGAACUGGGGAACCCAGGGUGUAAAGGGUAAGGGGGAGAGUGCUGACACCUUGUGGAGAUUGCAACCAAUGUCACAAAACAAUUCGUGUAUAAAUUUUUGAAUGAGGAACUAAUUUGGGCUGUAAACUUUCACCUAAAGCACACGAUAAAAUUAAAAACAAAACCAAAACUCCCCAUUCGGACCCUGGUCGCAGGUCUGAAAUAGUGCAUGCUUAAUCCUGUGGAGACCUUGAGAGCAGAACUCUGUAAGGGAUUAAAAGGGUUUUAAAACAUUAAUCACCAGCACGUAUCAAAGUUUUAUUUCAAGUUGUAUCUGAGUUUAGGUGGUCACAGGGCACGUUUAUUUUAGGAUUUUAUUUAUACCUACAUGUUCACUUGUAGAAAAUGGUUGAAGCAGCUUGUCACAAAAAACGAAGGUCCAAUAAGAUAAAAAUCACCCAAGGUAAAAAAAAAAAAAGGAUGAAGAAAUGCAAGAAAAUGAAGGAGUCAAGCUCUAUUUCAAAUUCUCAACUAAAUAGUGAUGUGGACCUCAGCAGCAUGUGGUCUCCCCUGGAGCCACGGGCUCCCUGCCUCAACAGCGCCCUCUUGGGGAACAACAGGGCUUUAGCCCUUCUCUUUGGAGGUUCUCCUUUGCUUUAAUAGUUGUGGGGGUCACACUGUACCCAGUGAUCACCAUCAUCCCCUCGAUCUCUUCUUGGACCCGUCAGCACACUCUAUUGCAAUUAUGCGGUAGACAGAGGUCAUAAGAAAGGCAGAAAGAAAGUGUUCUGGAAUUUAAUUGGGUGGGGAAUGGAGAGGAUCAGAAACUUUCAUGGAGGGGAAAGGAAUGACUCAUCAGUCAGGGUUCUCUGGUGAAGCUGAAGAAGACCCUGGCUGGUCAAGCAGAAAAAGAGGUUAUUCAAAAGAUACCGAGAGGCUCAUAGAAUGGUUGUGAGUGCUGGAGUGCUGGAGCUGAUGAGAAACACCGUGACCACCAAGGACUUAGAGCCUCAGCUGCUGGCGGGCCACUUCUGUGCAAGAACUUGACUGCGGCGGCAGCUGCCUCCAGCCCUGAAGCCACUUCUGCUCCAGGACUCAACUUCCCAGCCAUCUCUAUGGCCUCUACCCAAGAAAGACCCCUCCUCUUACCUCACGGCUCCUGAGAUGAGGUUUGGCAUGGGUUUCUCUGACUGGUGGUGCCAGGGUCAUGGGCCUGUGCGCUUGUGGCAAAGGAGGCUGAGAACACAAAAAAUCUGGCAUUUUCAGCUCCAAGUGGAAUGAGGAAAUGGUCAUUGAGGCUUAUGAUGUGGGAACUCCUCCAAACACAGAGGGUUCAGAUGGUCAGGGGUCAAAACAAAUGACAAUUGUCAGUGCCUUGUCACAGAAAACCCAGUUAUUUUCUCACAUAAGCAGCUCAGAGCUGGGCUGUCCAGGGCUGGCGCAGCUACUCAGUUCUGCCAUCAAGCUCUGUCUGGCUGCAAGUUAACUUCUUGCCUAACGGAACCAAGGCGGCACCCCCCAGCCAGCACGUCUAGGUUCAAGACAGGAAGAAGGCAUAGGGCUAUGUCAACUGUGUCUUCUUCCCUUUUAUCAGGAAGACAAAGCUCUUCUAGAAACCCUCAAGGACAUCCACUUACAUCUCACUGACCAAAAUUGUAUCAUGAAACCAACCUGGAAACGAAGGAAGUAGGGAAGUUACUUAACCGAGUAGAUUGCUGGUCCCCGCCGCCCAAGUGGGAUUUUGUAACAAAAGGAGAAAACGGAGAUGGAGUGGGCAAUGAGCACGGUUUGCUUCGAUUAGCACUGGGCCUGAAAGGGUGGUUGGAGCUACCAACCUUCUUCCGCUGUUUCUCUAAUUUCUAAGUCUCAAAGCCACCCUCACAGAGGUGGAGUUUCUCAGUCCCCAGCACGUACGGGGGAAGGGUGGGUUUGCAGGUGGAAGUGGUGGACCCAUGAUGCAGCCAGAGUAGACUGCAGACAGCUCUGCUGAGGGCCCCUGACCCCCAUUCGCCUUGGCUUCUGUGAUGUCACAGUGGGGCUUCUUUCCUUCCACCCUGGGCUGUGGCUUCCAAGGCCGCUGUGGCCAUGGGGCUCUGGGAGCCAGCAGGGGGGAAGGCGCCUUGGGGUGGCUCAGUUCUCCCCUGGGGACACAGGAGACCCAGCCAUGCCAAUCUUGCAGGAGCCCCGGCCCCCACCACAGGCCCCGCUUCCCUGGAUCCUCCCGAGCCUGUUUGCCGCCUUCAAUGUAGUGCUGCUGGUCUUUUUCGGUGGCCUUUUCUUCGCAUUCCCUUGCAGGUGGCUGGCCCAGAAUGGGGAGUGGGCCUUUCCCGUCAUCACAGGCCUCCUCUUUGUUCUCACCUUCUUCAGUCUCAUUUCACUCAACUUUUCAGACCCCGGCAUCUUACAUCGAGGCUCUGACGAUCAGGGCCCCAUGAUGGUGCACGUGGUGUGGGUGAACCACAGGGCCUUCCGCCUGCAGUGGUGCCGGAAGUGCUGUUUCCACCGCCCGCCCCGAACCUACCACUGCCCCUGGUGCAACAUCUGUGUGGAGGACUUUGACCACCACUGCAAGUGGGUCAAUAACUGCAUCGGCCACCGUAACUUCCGCCUCUUCAUGCUGCUCGUGCUGUCCCUAUGCCUCUUUUCGGGUGCCAUGCUGGUUACCUGCCUCGUCUACCUGGUACGCACGACCCACCUGCCCUUCUCCAUAGACAAAGCCAUCGCCAUCGUGGUGGCUGUACCCGCCACGGGCCUCCUGGUGCCGCUCUUCCUGCUGCUGCUGAUCCAGGCGAUGUCGGUGAGCACGGCCGAGCGCUCCUACGAGGGCAAGUGCCGAUAUCUGCAGGGAUACAACCCCUUUGACCAGGGCUGUGCCAGCAACUGGUAUUUAACGAUCUGUGCACCGUUGGGACCCAAGUACAUGGCCGAGGCCGUCUGGCUACAGAGAGUGGUGCGGCAUGACUGGGUGCCCCUGCAGAAUGUGCACUCUUUGACGUGCCCCUCUGAGCCCAGUUCCCCAGUCCUCCCUGGGCCUGGGCCUAGCCCCCAGCCCCAACCUCGGAGCCUCUACAUACCAGGCAAGGGGCUCCCAGGGAGUGGAGAGGCUUCAGCUCUCCAGGAGGAGCACCUGCAAGGAGAGCCUCACCUCUUGAGACCCGAGUGUGUGGAGAUGCCCACUCCCCUGGAGGGAGUGCCAAGACACGCCCCCAGUGCCCAUUAAACACCCUUUGCCUGCCUCCUUCAGUGUCCUGCUGAGCAUGUCUGUCCUGGGUGCUAGGAGGUGGGGCAGGCUCUGAGGGGCCGGACAAAGACCUCCGGGGGGGGGGGAAGAGUGAAGACCCAGCAUAAGCUCUGGCAAGUCACUUAACAUUUCUCUUGGUCCUUAAAAUGAGGCAACAAUAAUAACCACGUAGGCUGGCCUAGUCCACCUCCCAUCAAGGACUGGAGAUGAGGGAAGAAAAAGCCCACCAACAUCAGGGACGUCAGCUUUGAGCAAAGACUGGGCCUCCUGUCCUGCUGCACCCUUGUUUGACUGCAGGGGGCGCCCACUGCCUGGGAAGUCACCAUCCUAGCCUGGUCCAGCCCACCUCCCCUGGAGCCUCCUGGCUGGGCUGGGGCUGCGUCAUUGUGUUAGUGGGGAGUUGGGGGGGGGGGGCGCUGUUCUCCUUCAUAGUCCAACCUGGCAUCUUUCCUGAGCCUCUUAACCUUGUGUCAUUCUGGUCUUUCCCUCUUGGUGGGGAGUCAGGUGCUGGUCCUGUCCCUGUGUUGGGUCCAGCCUUGUGAGUCUGCAGACCCUAGGGGACAGGGGUGGGUGAGGGACCACGCCAAACCAUGGCUUGCUAGUGGCCAGCAUGUGACCUUGGGGAUGGGAAGGUCGUCAGAAGAUGAAAUGAGAUGGAUUGAGCAGAGCACCUGGCACACGGCAGACAUACAAUGAACAAAAGGAUUAUUUCCUCCAACACGAAGCUGACAGACCACCCAGAGUUUCUCCAAGGACCACCAGCCCAGAAUUGCCUGGGCCGACCCCAGACCACUGAAUCAGAAUCUUGGGCUGGGGUUAGAGCUGGGAUCUGAAUUUUUAUCAAGGGCCCCAUAUGAUACCGCCCCUCUGAAGCUUCAGAGCUGCUGCCUUAGGAGGUCAGGGUUGGUGCAAACCAGUUUCCUGCCCGCCGCCAUUACGUCCGGGUGGAAUCAGGGCGUGUGAUGUAGGAGGAAAUGGAAAGAUGAAGAUCCCCUGGAGGCUUGUGGAGGUGGGCAUGUCUGUUUGUGUGCCUGUCUGCACGCAUACAUGCUUGUGUGGGUUGGGAAUAAGCUCAUGGGUGGGGGGUGGGGCUGUCAGCCCAGCCUCAGGAGGUGAUCACCUAAGAUGCAGGACGUGUCCUCUCCAGUCCUCCCUUCCACUGAGGCUGGCCUCUUGUCUCUGGAGGCCCUUCCCUGUCCAGGCCCCAGCCUCACCGGCCCUCUCUGGCUCUUGGCUCUCUGGGCUCCUGGCUCAGCUCUUUGUUCAACCCCAGGAACUCCAACUAACUCCUCUUUACCUUGGUCCCAGUGUCUCCCUGGUCCCAGCUCCCUGGGGGUUCGAGCCUUUUCUCAGCCCUGUCCCUGCUUAACUCAGAAACCCUUGGGUUCUGGGCAGGGCAUUAGGGUACUCGUUCGCACAGGAGAAGGCAGCAACCCGCUCUGGCCUUGUGUAAGUGGCUUCUGUGGCCACACUAAACAUACUCUGCUGUUACCUGCUGCCAAGUCCCCCCAUCACCCCCAGCUCGUGGUGACUGUGUGCACAACAGAACAAAAUGAUGCCCAGUCCUGUGCCAUCCCCAUAAUGGGUUUCCGAUCAGACCCUUGUGAUCCGUUGGGUUUUCACUGGCUGGUUUUUGGAAGUAGAUCACCAGGCCUUUCUUCCUAGUGCGUCUUAGUCUGGAAGCUCCACUGAAGUCUGUUCAGCAUCAUGGCAGCACGCAGGCCUCCGCUGACGGACAGUGGUGGCUGCGCGUGAACAUUCAGGAGUUUACAUUCACAUGUAAAGCUGAGGCAGCCUCCAUCUGUCUGGGCAGCCGGCCACUCACGGCUGUGCGGGGGUGGGGUUGGGCAGGGAGAUGAGUCUCUUUGAGCCCUGAGCCCACGUGGGUAUGUGAAUGUGGACUGCAUAUGCGUGCACAUGUAUACGUGUGUAUGCAUGCACGUGUAUGCGUGUGUAUGCGUGCACGUGUAUACGCGUGUAUGUGUGCUUGUGUGAAUAUGUAUAUGAGUAUGAACUGUACAUGUGUGCAUAUGUAUAUGAGUGUGAACUCUAUAUGCGUGCAUAUUAUAUAUGUAUAUGUGUGUGAGCUAUGUGUGCAUACGUAUAUGUGUAUAUGUGCGAACUGUAUAUGUGUGCAUAUGUAUAUAUGUAUGAGUAUGAACUCUAUAUGUGCAUAUGUAUGUACAUAUGUGAACUCUAUGUGUGCAUAUUAUAUUGUGUGAACUGUGUAUGUGUGCAUAUGUAUGUAUGUAUAUGUGAGUGUGAACUGUAUGUGUCAUGUAUGUGUGCAUAUGUAUAUAUGUAUGACUGUGAACUCUAUAUGUAUAUGUAUAUAUGCAUAUUUGUGAACUAUACAUGUGUGCAUAUGUAUGUAUGUGAGUGUAAACUCUGUGUGUAUGUAUGUGUGUGAACUGCAUAUGUGUGCAUAUGUAUAUAUGUAUAUGUGUGUGACCUGUAUAUGUUGUGCAUAUGUAUGAGUGUGAACUCUGUAUGUGUGCGUAUGUAUGUAUGUGUGUGUGCAUAUGUCUAAGUGUGAACUGUGUAUGUGUCAUAUGUAUAUGUGUGUAUGUAUAUGUUUGAGUGUGAACUCUAUAUGUGUGCAUAUGUAUAUAUGUGUAUGUGUGAACUGUAUGUAUGUGUGUAUAUGUAUGUGUGUGAACUGUAUAUCUGUGCCUAUGUAUAUAUGUAUAUUUGUGUGAAUUGUAUAUGUGUGCAUAUAUAUAUAUAUGUGUGUGUGUAAACUGUUUGUGUCUCUGGUCUGUAUGCAUCCAGGAGGGCACAGCUUGGUCCAGGCUGCCCAGCAGUUAGGAGAGGCAGCAGAGUGGGGUGCCCACCAGGGAGUCCUUGGGGCAAUCUGGGCCUGGCUCACACAGGAAAGGGGACCCAGGAACUGGGCCAAGCCUAGAUGUGAAUCCUGGUGAGGAGGAUGUUCAUGGCACUGGCUGGGUGGGGAGCAGCCCCUGUACGGGGGUCCCAGCUCCACAGGGGGCUGAGGAGGCCAAGCCCCAGUGUCUGGAGCAGCCUCUCCCCACUCUGCCACUGCUGCCUGGCCUGUUUCAGAGGCAGGCCGGCUGGAUCACCGGACUGCACUUACUGGAGCUCUGCUUCAAGGUAUGCAGGAAAUUCACAUGCCUCCGGCAGGUACCUCCCUCAUCCUAAACCACUUGUGAGUCAUCUCCCCAUGAUACCCUGGACCUCUGCUUCCCCACUGGGUGAGGACAUCUUUCCUCAGCUUCUCAGAGGAGGCAGUGACUUCUCCAGAGGCAAAGACCUCCAGCUCUGGGAUUUAGAUCCUUUCCCCCUGCCCACCCUACCCCCCUACCCCACCUGGGAUGGCUAGGAUUUCUUUCGGAAAGUCUGUUGGAUCAGGCUCUCUGUUGUAGGAUGGGUGAGUGGGACUAGCCCACCCCUAAGCUUUGGGCUCCUCUCGGGUCUUCUUUCCUGCCAGGCCAGGAGCCUCAGAUGGGCUGCACCCACCUUCUCUUUCUGCCUCCUCCCCAUUUCUAGUGAACCUGCCCUUGAUGCUCAGAUGCACCCCACCCAGUCCCUGGCCCACUGAUAAGGGCAGGGGUGUUAUCAGGGCCUGGUUGUGAGGCCAGCUCUCCAUACCCCCAGAAGCCCUGCCACCCUUGCCUUCUGCUGGGCCAGACCCAAAGGGAGACCCCCCCACCCUGCAGGGCUGCCAGGUUCUCACAUGUCUGGAGGCCCUCUGAGAGGUCCCCAGCCUCUCCAGCCCCCCACCUCUAGACCUUCCCUCCAUGGGCCCUCCAGAAGGUCAGGGCACGUGGGGUGGGAAGAGCAGUGGCCUGAGAGUCAGGAGACCUGGGUGUCACUCUCGGCUCAGCCACCAGCUAAUUCAGCAAUUGGAGCAGGUCACUCCCUUUGCUCUGCCUCCAUCUCCUCAUCCGUAAAGGGGAGUGAUGAUCACAAGCACCUCACAGGUGAUCACAGGGUCCUCCCUUUUUAGAGCUGGAAGGAACUCUGGGGUCAACUUCCCCUCCAUCCCAGAGGCCCAGAGAGGGAACUAAUUGCCUAGGAUGGCACAGAGGUAGCACGCCUGGCGGGAGCUCCGUUUCCCCAGGCUGCCCCUCCUGGGAAGGGCCCAGUGUCCUGCCCCGCUGUGGUGCCAGGCACUACAUUUCACACAGGGCCUGGGGAACCGAUAACAAGGUGGCUGGGCUUAACUCUGUCCAGCUGGGAGCGAUAGUGACGCCCAGCCGCUUGGCCCUGCCCUGCCCUGCCCUGUCGUGCCGCCCCACCCAAGGGGGGCCUUUGGUUUUCCUUCUUGGGCUGAGGGUUUGGCAAAGCAGGAGCAGUAGGAGACAGGGGAAGCUUCCCUGAGCAUCCAGGGCCUAGAAUCCUAAUGCCUCACAGGGUACAGCACCUCCCUGACACCAACACCUUGCCUGGCACCCAGACGCUGUCAGCACCCAAAUCCCUUCUCUUUAAUUCUUAGCAUGCGUUAAGUGGCUGAGGGAAGCAGGCCCAGGGCUGAAUGCCUACCAGGAGAGCUGACCCUCACCUCUCUGGGCUUCUGGCCCCUGUACUGGGUAACAAAACCCCAGUGAAGCACUGCCCAUCUUUGUUAAGUGGUCCGUAUUAUCUCAUUUAGUCCUCACACCAACACUAUGAAGUUGUUACUGUUAUUAUCCUCGUUUUAGAAAUGAGGAAGCCAGCCCUGAGCAAAUAAAUAACUUCUCCAAGGGCACACCGCCUCGAAGGAGUAGAACCUAAACCCCUUUAGCCCGUGGCCAUUCCACUUUGCCUCUACCAGUAGUUAUCAUUUUACUUCAGUAGGGUGUUGUGGUUAAGAUGUGGGCUCUAAGGCCAGGCUGUCUGGUUUCCCCAACUGUAAAAUGAGAUUAGUGAUGGAAUCUCAUGGCGUAGUUAUGAAGAUUAGUUAUACAUGCAUGUGAAGAGCUUGGCGCAAGGACUGGCACAUAGUAGGUGCUAGGGCAACAGUAGUGAUUAUCAUUACGUCAUAAUUGAAGGGAUCCAUGCGUCAGGGCGCUGCGAUCUGCUCAGUGCCUGGGAUGCCAGUUACCACCACAACUGCUGCCUGCUCCUGCCCAGCCUGGAGUGGGUUCCCUUCGUGGCUGGUGGCAAAGGUGAAGGGUGCUGCUACAUGGGGGAGGUUCGUGGUAUUGUUUUACAGAAAAUUAACUGAUGUUGAGUUCUUCAAGGGAGCAGUAAGAUGACCACCUAACGGCUCUGCACUUCAGCACCAGGGAGGGAGUUUCCUGUCAAGAAACCACUGUGUUGCUUCUGUUUUGUGGCCAGGCCGAGUGUCCCGGCUUCGGUGAUUCUGCACCCUGCUUGAGCCGUGGCCUCCCGUCCUCCUUGCUUCCUGUCUCACCGUGGCCUCUCUCACGUGUCUGUCUGUCCUUGCCUCUCUCCUCACCUUUCCACUCUCCCUCUCCUCUGUCUCCCUCUUCCUCCUCCUCCUCCUCUUUCCAUUCGUUCUCUUUCAUGCUCCCUCCUGCUCUCUCUCUCAACACUCUCUUUUCCACUUUUCCUGGACUACAGCCUCCAAGAAUGCAAAGUCAGCUCUCCAACAACGUUCAAGUAAUAACUUUCAACUAUGAUUUUUGGAAGGCUCUGGAUCCAGGUGUAGAGACACACAGAACUUUCCGCUAGGCUAGAGGCAAGGCCUGCACAGGGCGCCUUUGUCUGCAUCUGCCUGUGGCUUCCUCCUCCUAGCCAGGCAUCCACGUUCCCCACUGCCUUCUGGUUGGGGUAGUUUUGCUGCUGAAAUAGGAGAAUCCCAAAUUGGAAGGGCCUUUUUUACUGAAUGUCUAGCCACUUCCCUUAUUUCUCAAUGACAAGAAAAUCGAGGCCCCGGGGGAUAAGCAGCCUCACACAGCUAACUAAAAGCCACACCAAGGGUGGGUCCCAGAGCUCCUGACUGCUCAGCCU